AUGAUCGUGCAGCCGAUGCCAAAGUCGCUACCGAGGCUGUGGGCGAUUUUGCUGGCCGCCCUGUGCAUCAGCUGUCUCCCGAUCGGAACCUUUGCGUUCCCGCAGCAGUCGCCAGCCCCAACUGUCGCCCACCACAAACGAGACGACUGCUCCUCGGCGACCAUCCCCACACCAUUGCCGACCACCACUGUUCCCGCGAUCGCAUCGGCCAGCACAACGUACCUCACCAGCUACUACUGGACAACGAUCGUCGCAACAACUACCGUCAACGGCGUCACGACGGUGACGCUGGUGCCGUCCGCUGUACCGACAGUCGUUCCGGUCAUCUUCAGCGGCGACAUCUCCUUCGGCAUGGGUCCUGUCAACGCCGCCACAGUGAUCUUGGGCGUUUUGCUCAUCGUGAUUGGGGGCGUCUUGCUCUUCAUGGGACACCGCCUCUUCCGGUUCACGCUAUUCCUGGCCGGAUUCGUAUCGUGGGGUGUCCUUGCCUACGUUGUCAUAUCGCAUAUCGAACCCCCAGAGGGCUGGCCGAACCGAGAAUGGAUCUACCUCGGCGGAUGUGUCCUGGCUGGCGCCGUCGGCGGAGGGCUCUACGCCUGGCAGUGGAAGCUUGGCUUGGUCGGCAUCGGUGCCCUGACCGGCCUGUCCUUUGCUCUGUUUCUGCUGUCGUGGAGGACCGGAGGACUGGUCGACUCACUGGCAGCCCGAUAUAUCAUCAUGGUCAUUUUCGUUAUUAUCGGAGUUGUUGUGUCGUUCUACUUUGAAAAGCACGUCAUCAUCCUCGGGACAUCGCUGGUUGGCGCAUUCGCCAUCGUCGAGGGCUUUGAUUUUUUCCUCAACACUGGAUUUUACCAAGCCUCGCGGGUGUUUUUCGCCACAAAUGCCAUGAAGAGCGUCGGGACGUUUGUGGUCAACAACAACGUCUACGGAAUGCUCGUGGCUGUGAUUAUCUUGUGGAUCAUUGGCAUUUUGGUGCAGUACCGCAUCAAUCGCGGCAUCAGCUUCGUCUCCAAGAAAAAGUAG